AUGGCUGCAAUCUUCCAAACCCUGCUUCCCAUUUGUUAUUCCAGACAGGCCAUAUCCUCUCCUGCUCCAUGGACUCCCCUUAGACCACCCACCUCAGAUUCCAUAGCGUCCUUGGCCAUUUCAAACUUAAAUAGGCGGCAAGGACAAGUGGCAGUCUCAGUUGCCUUCAAUCCAUCUGGGAAUUUUGACAUCUCUUUGUAUGAUGAGGAAGAAGACACUAGUAAAGUUGAACCUCCAAUGCCACCAAGUGAAGGUCGAUUUGAAAUAGUUCUUGAUAAUGAUGUGAUUCGGGGUCUUGACUUAUCCCCAUUUCAUACUGCAACUGGGAUUACCAAUCCUUCAUCAGCCAAGCCAAAAGAGUUUCUUGAACGUACAAUUGGCUUUACCAUUAACUACACAAGAGAAGAUCCACGUGAUCCUAGAGAACUAUCAGAAUUCCCUGAUAUAAGACUCUGGUUUUUGAGACUUGAUGCCUCCUAUCCCUGGUUGCCUGUCCUUUUGGAUUGGCGAGCUGGAGAACUGGCUCGGUAUGCUGCCAUGUUGGUUCCACACCAGAUGAACGCGAGGAUGGGGGUGGUCUUCAAUCCUGAGGCACUGGAACUAUUCGUUAUGCAGAAGGUUUUUAUUGUGUACUCAUGGUUGAAGCAACAUGACAUUCCAAAGCCUAGAUUGAAGACCAGUGACAUGGCUAGGAUGCUUGGGUUUGGAAUUGGAGAUGAGCUCUAUGACUUGAUCGAUAAACAUCCACUGAAAACAUCAUAA